UAUCAUUAAAUAAACUAAUGUAUUGAUGUUUCGCUCUUAUCAAGUACAAUGGUGUUCGUAAGUGUUGUGUUAAUAUCUUUGGCAUGGGUCGCCAUAAGUUACUUCAUCUAUAAUUUUUGCCAGUUGAUUUCCAUUAAAAUGGUAAAUACACUACCUGGUCCAAAGGCAUUGCCACUUGUUGGAAGCGCCUUCUAUUUCCUACAGAAGAAUCCUGACGAAAUUUUGGUUUCUCUAUUUAAGCUUGUGACAAAUUACUCGUCUCCGUUUCAAGUUUGGAUAGGCAACAAAUUAUUUAUUGGAAUAUAUGAACCGGAUCAAAUAAAGAUUAUUUUACAAAACAAGCAUUGUUUGAAUAAGGGCGUAAUAUAUAAACUUAUUGAACCGAUACUUGGCAGGACAUCAUUGCUGACAGCUCCUACAUCUAUAUGGGCUAGGACUCGAAAAAUAUCCUCAAUUUUUAAUACAAAUAUGUUACGAGGCUUUUUCGACAUAUUUGUCGAACAAUCUUUAAUAUUUGUAGAUGAACUAGAAAAAAUUGGAUUAAAUGGAAAAGAGAUUGACUUAUUUGAAUCUCUAUCGCAGUGUACUAUGACCAUUGCAUAUAACACUAUACUAGGUGUCAAAUUGGAUUCACGAUCAGAUAUAAUCAGUCAAUGUUGUGAAGUAAUAAUAAGUUGCAAGAAAAGUUUGAGCUACAGAUUCAAGAAUGUAUUCUUGUAUUCUAAUGUUAUAUUCAACCUCACUAAUUUUGGACGUGAACAACAAAAGAGAUUAAAUUUUAUAUCUUCCGUCGUGAAUAAGAUGAUACAACAACGACAAUGUGCAUUAAAUGAAUCGGAUACAACGAAGAAUAAAAUAACUUACAAGGCAUUUUACGAUAUUCUUUGGAAAGCAUCUCAUGAGGAAAAACUUACGCAAGAGAAUAUUCACGAUAACGUGUUUACGAUGCUAGUAGCGUCUGCCGAUACGACCGCUAUUACAGUAAAUUUUGUGACCUUCAUAUUAGCGAACUUGCCAGAGAUACAAGAAAAGGCAUAUGAGGAAUUGUUGGAGAUUUACGGCAUGACAAAUCCUAGAUCCGUACCAGUUAAAUACGAGGAUCUACAACAUAUGGAUUAUUUGGAUCGUAUUAUUAAGGAAACGUUGCGAUUAUUUCCUGUAGUGCCUGUAAUUGCACGACGGCUGACGGAAGAUUUAAGAAUGGGAGAAAUUAUUUUACCAAAAAGUGCUGAUAUUAUCUUAGCAUUGGGAAAAGUGCACCGAAGUAAAAAGUAUUGGUCAAAUCCAUUAGUAUUUGAUCCAGAUAGAUUUCUUCCAGAGAGACUGGGAAACUCUCAGUUAUGUUAUUAUAUGCCUUUUAGUAACGGGCCUAGAAAUUGCAUAGGUAUGAAGUAUGCGAUGAUUUCUAUAAAAGUUAUAUUAGCAACUUUAAUACGAACAUUCGUGUUCAAAGUAGAUGAAAGUAUCAAGAUCAGUAAGAUAAAAUUAAAAUUCGAAGUUCUAUUAUCUCCCAUUAAACCUCUCAAAGUUAAAAUUGAGAAGCGGAAUUUUCCGUCAGAAGGAAUGUAGUAUUUAAAAAUAUAAUUAAUUUAAUGCGAAGAUAUAUUAGAUAAAAUAAGUACUAUAUAUAAGUACUAUAUUCUUGUGUAUUUAAUAUUCCACAUGUAUUUGUUAUGUCAGUACUAAUAUAUAUAUUUAAUUGAUAGAUUGCAUAUUAGAACGC